UGCUACCUGCAGCGGACGCCGCAACCGGGGACUGGGAAGUUAGGGCAGCGGAUCGUGCCACAUUAAUGGAUGCCAUGGCUAGUCCAGGGAAAGAUAACUAUAGAAUGAAAAGUUAUAAGAACAAAGCCCUAAACCCCCAAGAGAUGCGCAGACGAAGAGAAGAAGAAGGAAUACAGCUUCGAAAACAAAAAAGGGAAGAACAGCUGUUCAAACGCAGAAAUGUCUCUUUGCCCAGAAAUGAUGAAUCUAUGCUAGAAAGUCCAAUCCAGGAUCCAGAUAUCAGUUCCACUGUACCUAUUCCAGAGGAAGAAGUUAUCACCACAGAUAUGGUUCAGAUGAUUUUUUCUAAUAACGCUGAUCAACAGCUUACAGCAACACAGAAAUUUAGAAAGCUGCUUUCUAAAGAACCUAAUCCACCAAUUGAUCAGGUUAUACAGAAACCAGGAGUUGUACAGAGAUUUGUGAAAUUUCUUGAAAGAAAUGAAAAUUGUACUUUACAAUUUGAAGCUGCAUGGGCAUUAACUAAUAUAGCAUCUGGAACUUUUCUGCAUACCAAGGUAGUGAUUGAAACUGGAGCUGUUCCAAUUUUUAUCAAACUUCUUAAUUCAGAACAUGAAGAUGUGCAAGAACAGGCUGUUUGGGCACUUGGCAAUAUUGCUGGUGACAAUGCCGAAUGCAGAGAUUUUGUUUUGAAUUGUGAAAUACUUCCACCUCUUUUAGAGUUAUUAACAAAUUCAAACAGACUAACAACAACCAGAAAUGCUGUAUGGGCCCUCUCAAAUUUAUGUAGAGGGAAAAACCCUCCUCCAAACUUUAGUAAGGUUUCACCUUGCUUAAAUGUCUUGUCACGAUUAUUGUUUAGCAGUGACCCAGAUGUAUUAGCAGAUGUGUGCUGGGCCCUUUCUUAUCUCUCUGAUGGACCCAAUGAUAAAAUUCAAGCAGUCAUUGAUUCUGGAGUCUGUCGAAGAUUGGUGGAACUUUUGAUGCACAAUGAUUAUAAAGUUGUAUCACCUGCAUUAAGAGCAGUUGGUAAUAUUGUGACUGGUGAUGAUAUUCAAACACAGGUAAUUUUGAAUUGCUCUGCAUUACCGUGUCUCUUACACUUGUUGAGUAGCCCAAAGGAAUCAAUCAGAAAAGAAGCCUGCUGGACUGUUUCUAAUAUCACUGCUGGAAAUAGAGCUCAGAUUCAGGCUGUUAUAGAUGCAAAUAUUUUUCCUGUUUUGAUUGAGAUUCUUCAGAAAGCAGAGUUUCGCACAAGAAAAGAAGCAGCUUGGGCUAUAACUAAUGCAACAUCAGGAGGCACUCCAGAACAAGUAAGGUAUUUGGUAGCCUUAGGUUGCAUUAAACCCCUUUGUGACCUAUUGACUGUUAUGGAUUCUAAAAUAGUCCAAGUGGCUUUAAAUGGACUUGAAAAUAUUCUACGUCUUGGAGAACAAGAAUCUAAGCAAAAUGGAAUAGGCAUUAAUCCAUACUGUGCUCUCAUUGAAGAAGCAUAUGGUCUGGAUAAAAUUGAAUUUCUGCAAAGCCAUGAAAAUCAGGAAAUUUACCAAAAGGCUUUUGAUCUGAUUGAACAUUACUUUGGUGUAGAAGAAGAUGAUCCCAACAUUGUACCUCAGGUGGAUGAAAAUGAACAACAGUUCGUGUUUCAGCAGCAGGAAGCACCAAUGGAAGGGUUUCAACUUUAACUUGGUGGGGGAAAAAUUAAUGGCUAAAAAGGGUAGUUUCAGAUAUCUCUUCUUUG